CCGCCAGGUCAUACCUUCAUCUUCCAGUCGCCACCUCCCUCUUGUUUACUACCCCGCCAUCAUCAUCUCCCUCUCUCUCUCUCUCUCUCUUUCUCUACUACCACCUCUUCCUUUCCCUUCCCAUUAUCAGCAACAGAAGACAAAGCAGCAGCAGAACGAUGAGGCAGCAGCAGCAGCUCCUUCUUCCCCACCUCCUGAGCUUAUUAUUACUGUGCGUUACGCUAUCUCGAGGGCACAACAUCACGAGAAUUUUGGCGCAGCACCCGGAGUUCUCCACCUUCAACCACUACCUUACAGCCACCCACCUCGCAGGCGAGAUCAACCGCCGUCUCACCAUCACCGUCCUCGCCGUCGACAACCCCGCCAUGGCGGCCCUCCUCACUGCCCACCCGGGCCUCUCCCUCUAUUCCCUCAAGCACCUCCUCUCCCUCCACGUCCUCGUCGACUACUUCGGCGCCAAGAAGCUCCACCAGCUCACCGGCGGCUCCGCCCUCACCUCCACCCUCUUCCAGGCCUCCGGAGCCGCACCCGACACCGCCGGCUUCGUCAACAUCUCUGAUUACCGAGCCGGCCACGUUCUCUUCUCCGCCUCCUCCCUCCCCGCUUCCGCCUUCGUCAAGUCCGUCGAGGAGAUCCCUUACAACCUCUCCGUCAUCCAGAUCAGUUCCGCCCUCUCCUCCCCGGCCGCCGAGGCCCCAGUCACUGCGCCCGCGCAGGUCAACCUGACGGCCCUCAUGGCGAGGAAGGGCUGCGCCACCUUCGCUGGCCUCCUGGCCGCCACCGCGGACGCCGAGCAGACGUUCGCGAGCAACAUUGACGGGGGCCUCACGGCUUUCUGCCCCCUCGACGAAGCCAUGAAGCCGUUCCUGCCCAAGUUCAAGAACCUCACCGCCGAUGGCAAGCUCUCGUUGCUGCUUUACCACGCCAUCCCCGUCUACUACUCCGUUGAGAUGCUGAAGACCGGUAACGGCGUCGUGAACACGCUGGCCACCGACGGCACGUCCAGGAACUACAACUUGACAGUGCAGAACGACGGGAAUCAGGUGACGCUGCGGACGAGGGUGACGGUGGCCACCCUCAUGGGGACCCUGAUCGACGAGGACCCCCUGGCGGUGUACACCAUCGACAAGGUGCUGGAACCGAUGGAACUGUUCAAGCCGGCGGAGCCUCCAGCCCCGGCGCCGGCACCGGAGACGGACAAAAGAGCGGCGGCAGCGCCCAAGGCGGGGACAUCGACAUCGGCGAAGGCGUCGCCGCCCGCGCCGGCAGGGCCGGAGGGGCAGCCGGGGGACCAGAAGGCCGCUGAUGAGAGCGCCGCCAUCAGGAGCGGUGUCUACUGGUCGAUGGCAGCGGCGGCGGCGGCGGCCAUUGUGGUAGUUGCUUGAAGGCUUUCUUUGCCUGUUGUUAUCUAUUGGUUUUAAGCUUCGUUUUCUUUGAGGAAAUAAGAGAGGGAAGGAGGUCGAGCUGAUUAACAGAUU